AUGGGCACAGCCGAAAAUUCUGGAACCCCAUUCCCGGAAAUGAGCAUUAUCAAGUUACCCGGAUGUGAAAGGCCAUGUGCAGUCCCAUCUGAAAAAGCCUUCGCACCGCUGUCCUCAGCCUCACGCUUAUAUCACCCCGACGAACAGACGUGCACAUUCUCCUACAACUUUACCGCAAAAAUGUUUCGUCUCCCUACAGUCAUGAAGCAGGUCAGGCCAGUGUGCAGGGCAUUGGCACCUCACCUCACAAGGGCCUAUGCAAAGGAUGUAAAGUUUGGUGCAGAUGCCAGAGCACUUAUGCUGCAGGGAGUUGAUCUGCUUGCUGAUACUGUCGCUGUUACUAUGGGUCCAAAGGGUCGCACUGUUAUUAUUGAGCAGUCCUGGGGCAGCCCUAAAGUCACCAAGGACGGUGUAACUGUAGCUAAAGCCAUUGAUCUGAAGGACAAAUACAAGAACAUUGGCGCUAAGUUGGUUCAGGAUGUGGCCAAUAACACGAAUGAAGAGGCAGGAGAUGGCACAACCACUGCAACAGUUCUUGCUCGAGCCAUUGCCAAAGAAGGCUUUGAUUCCAUCAGCAAAGGUGCCAACCCUGUGGAAAUCCGCAGGGGGGUGAUGAUGGCUGUGGAGCAUGUGAUAAAUCAGCUGAAGAACCUCUCAAAACCGGUCACAACACCAGAGGAGAUUGCACAGGUAGCAACUAUUUCGGCCAAUGGUGAUGUGGAAAUUGGUAACAUUAUUUCUAAUGCCAUGAAAAAAGUGGGUCGCAAAGGAGUAAUAACUGUCAAGGAUGGAAAGACUCUUCAUGAUGAGUUGGAAAUAAUUGAGGGCAUGAAGUUUGACCGUGGCUACAUUUCACCUUAUUUUAUCAACACUGCCAAAGGUCAGAAAUGCGAAUUUCAAGAUGCCUAUUUGUUGCUGAGUGAGAAGAAAAUUUCAAGUGUCCAGAGCAUUGUGCCUGCUUUGGAAAUUGCUAAUCAGCACCGCAAACCUUUGGUCAUUAUUGCAGAAGAUGUAGAUGGAGAGGCCCUCAGCACAUUGGUUCUCAACAGGUUAAAAGUUGGGCUGCAGGUGGUGGCAGUAAAAGCCCCAGGGUUUGGUGACAACAGAAAAAAUCAGCUGAGAGACAUGGCUAUUGCCACAGGCGGCACAGUGUUUGGUGAUGAGGCCAUGAGCGUGACUCUUGAAGACAUUCAGCCUCAUGACUUUGGAAAAGUAGGUGAAGUACAAAUUACCAAGGAUGACACACUGCUGCUGCGAGGAGGAGGGAGCCCUGCUGAUGUUGAGAAGCGUGCCACAGAGAUAGUAGAGCAGUUGGAGAACACUACCAGCGACUAUGAAAAAGAGAAACUGAACGAGAGACUUGCCAAGUUGUCUGAUGGAGUGGCUGUGCUAAAGAUUGGAGGAACCAGUGAUGUAGAGGUGAAUGAGAAGAAGGACCGUGUCACUGAUGCAUUGAAUGCCACUCGAGCUGCGGUGGAGGAGGGCAUUGUUCCUGGAGGUGGUUGUGCACUGCUGCGCUGUAUCCAGCCACUGGAGAGCCUUAAAACUGCCAACUCAGACCAGCAGAUAGGUGUGGAAAUUAUUAAGCGAGCACUCCGCAUUCCUGCCAUGACCAUAGCAAAGAAUGCAGGUGUGGAUGGCUCUCUGGUUGUGGAGAAGAUCCUGCAGGGACCGCUGGACACUGGCUACGAUGCUCUACUAGGAGAAUAUGUCAAUAUGGUGGAGAAGGGCAUCAUUGACCCCACUAAGGUGGUAAGAACUGCCUUGCUGGAUGCUGCAGGAGUAGCGUCACUGCUCGCUACAGCUGAGGCAGUUAUUACAGAGAUUCCGAAGGAAGAGAAGGAGAUGCCUGGAGGCAUGGGAGGCAUGGGUGGCAUGGGGGGUAUGGGAGGCAUGGGAGGCGGCAUGGGUUUCUAA